CGCGCGGCGCAGGUGGCAGCUGCGAAAAAUCCCAGUGAGGCGCGGAAAAUUCGGGCGAUUGUCGCGUAUUUGUAUGCGUUGAUUUCGCGUUUGAUGCCGACAGAGCACGCCGAGAGCUGUGCCGAACGCCAACAGCAGCAAUUCCGACAUUUAGCCGCGAUUUUGAGCACUCUUCAAGGUGUUCCGGUCCAACUAGAAUCCAAUGAUGACGAGGUCGAGUCACUAUUUGGUGACUUGGACAAAACGAUGGCUGAUUUAGGCGACGAGUUAGUCGACUUGGCGGUAGAGCCAGGGCAGGCGGCUAGCGGCAGCGGCACGCUCGCGCUUGAUCAAGUGCAGACGAUUGCACAAAAUGCAACCGCGAACCCGACUCGUAACCCAAUUUUGAACCCUCGUUACAGCGGUAAGAUCAUUCCUGUCACCAACUGGAAUUUGAAAUUCAGUGGUGAGCCCCAUUCAAAAUUGUCCUUUGCUGAAUUUCUGCGUGAAGUCCAUUUAAAAAGAGACGAAAGUAACCUCACUGAGCACGAUUUUUGGCGCAGUGCUCACGGCCUUUUUGAGGACUCCGCGCGCGUCUGGUUCAUUACGAACAAAUUAAAGUGGUCCUCCUGGGCAGAGUUUGAACCUGAUUUCCUGCGAAACUUCAAACCCGCGCGUUUUGACGACCGGCUUUGGAACCAGCUUCGUUUGCGUACACAGGGUAGACAUGAGCGACUGAAUCUGUACGUCGCCGAGAUGACACAUUCUUUCAAUCUACUCGCGAGCGCGCCGACCGAGAGCGAAAAACUCGAAUUCAUUAAAGCGAGGCUGAAUCCAGAGACAACGAGACAAAUUCCAUUGCGCGAGAUUAUAUCGUUAGAUGCAUUAAUAACUGCGGGAUUAGAUUUCGAAGUGGUUCAGGGGCAAGUGGACGACUACCGUGACCCAGCCGCGCCGGACAAUCCAGCUUUACCGAGUUUGGUCUACAAAGACCCCGUGCAAAAGCGCGAGAAAAACGCGGCCAAAGCUAGUAGCGUGCAUGCGAACAAGCGCGGAAACAAGGGCAAGAAGGACAGACAGGACGAGGACAAAGGGAAGGGAGACGGAGGCGCGAAAAAGACUGAUUCGGUGCAAGUUGCGGUUCCACAACAAAACAUGCCCACUUCGCAGGACAAGCCGCGAUAUCGUUUCAAGUGUUGGAAUUGCGAUAAACCGGGUCAUUCAUUCAAGAGCUGCAAAGAAAAGCAAACUGAUUUCUUCUGCUGGGGUUGCGGUCAAAAAGGCGUAACUCAAAAAUCCUGCACUAGUUCAAAAUGUACUAAGUCAAAAAACCCGUAGACGGGCCGUGCCGGCAGUCGCACACAGCAGCCGAGCACGCGCGAAAAAUAUGUAGUCGCGCGGGACAGGAUUGGACGCGCCAUUUGAACAAAAUCCGAACAGACACAGUGAAAAAGAAAUUAGAUCGCAUUGCGAAUUCUUUGAAGGCUAAAAUAGAAUCCGUUAAAGUCAAUUGUGUGCGAGACUUUACGGACAGUUCAAACACAUUUACAGAGAACAAAGAUGAUGACCGCUUGUUUUUGCUAGUGAGCGUGCUAGGCGAGCAAAUCAGCGGAUUGCUCGACAGCGGCUCUUCGAGGUGUAUUUUAGGCAAGCCCGGUAUGCAUCUGAUUGAAAAAUUAGCUUUGCGAGUCGAAAACUGCCGCGUAAAGCGAGUAGAAUUAGCGGACAAUUCUUGUAAUGACGUGAAAGGCGAAAUUGAUCUCCCAAUUACAGUCGACAAUAAAACUUUUCUCGUUCCCAUUCUGGUAGUUCCUGAUAUUGAGCAAUCGUUAAUUUUGGGACUUGAUUUUUGGAAAUUCACUGGUUUUAUUCCUGACGUGGCCAAGGGCACUUGGCACUUGUCGGCGAGUAAAAUAUGUGCAAUUUCCAGCCCAAAAAUAGCUUUGGCGCAUUCUGAUGGAAAUAUUCUGAAUGACGAGCAGAGAAAUGUUUUGAAUACCAUUGUCGAGGAGGCGAAGAACAAAUUCCCUCUUGGGUUAGGUCAAGUAAAAUCGCAGCAUACCAUUGACACAGGUGACGCGCUCCCUGUUAAAUGCAAACAACGUUACAUUCCUCCGCCGCAGCUAAAAAUGAUGCAUGAGACCGUAGAUAAAUUGCUUACACUCGGCGUAAUAGAAAAAGCAAAAAGUCCGUGGCUAUCACCUGUGUUCUUUGUGCGAGAUGAGAAGGGCCAAAAAGAGCCUCGUUUCGUUGUAGAUAUGCGCGCCGUUAAUAAAGUUACAGUAGAAGACGCGUAUGCGAUCCCGAUUAUGACCACAAUAUUAGACGAUUUAGGAGAUUUUAAAUUCAUCUCCACGGUUGAUUUUGCCAAGAGUUAUUGGCAGGUGCCACUCGACGACGCGAGCAAACCCAAAACCGCAUUUUUUGUACCAGGUAGAGGUCAGUUACAAUUUCGUGUGAUUCCUUUCGGUGCGGUUAAUAGCGGACCCGGCUUCAUGCGUGUCUUUGACAGCAUUAUUGAAGGCUCGUGGAUUAAGCAAUAUUUGCGCGCGUAUGUCGACGACGUGAUAAUUGGCACGCCUACUCUUGAAUUGCAUUUCACAGUGUUGACUGAAUU